UUCACCUGCCUCUCCUACUUUUAACUGUAGCUUCGGCUGCUCCUGCUUUCAACCUGGCAGGUGUUUGCUUUCUUUCCAGCACUCUCCCUCGAACACAAAGUACUGAGGAUAUAUCAUUUUUCUUUUCAGCCUUCAACAUGCAGAGUCUCUUUUAGCAGCUGACAUUUGACCUUCUAGAGGGGGAAGCCAGGGCUAUUGGAAACAGCCCAGCACGACUAUCCAGCAUACCUGUUUUACACCUACGAUUUCCGCACAGGGACUGCUAUGUGGUAUCCUCCAGUGCUGCUCUUGCUGUUCCAAGCUGUAAUGCUCAGUCUCGCUGGCUCCCUCCAGAGGCUGUCUAAGGACCAGCAGAAUGAAGUGUUCCUGGAUGGCUCUGCUGCACACAAAUUCCUGAGCCGCACACUCCUUUACAACCACUGGGAUUUAGAGCUGAUUGUGCCAGAUAAUCUGGAGCACGAAUGCAUAGAGGAAGUCUGCAACUACGAGGAGGCCCGUGAAGUCUUUGAGGAUAACUUCAAAACAAAUGAAUUCUGGAAAAGCUACAAACACAAUGGGAUAGGAGGCGCAAAGCAGCCAGGUGUGGAUGUGGCUGGCUUGAUAGCAGGUCUCAUAGCAGCCUUGGUCUCUUCAGUCAUGUUUGUGAUUGUGGCGAUGUAUUGUUUCAAAUACCGAGUGAAGCAGAGGAUCCGAUCCAGGACUCAUGAUAACAGCUACCCCGAGGUACCCUUGGCUUGUUUUAGUGAAGCGCCAAAGCCAGAGGACGCACCUGGACUUCCGUCCUAUGAGCAGGUGAUGGCAUCUUCUGGUGUGCACGAUGCACCUCCCCCACCUUACAACAGAAACAGUACUAACGCAGCCCCACCAACGUGAGUGGUCCACAGCAAGAUCAAAGGUCCUGGAAGAGAUUCAACCCCUCCACUCCCAAUUGUUUGUACAGAAGACAUUUCAUUUGUAUAGGAAACACAGCUGCUGGGGGUACAUGUGACAUUGAUGUGAGUGACUGAGCAUGCAUGUUGGGAAUCCAUGGAAAGUAUGAAGAAAAUUAUCUGAUAAGAGUUUGCACAUUGGGGAAACUGUGUGUGUUCAGGGGAAGGGUUAAUGUGCAAGAGAGAAAACAAUGUCCGACAAAGAGGUACGCAGACGACAUGAAGCAAGAUGUUAGGGAUAAGAAAAUCUGAAAUUGCAAAGAUGAAUGAUACAUCUAAUAGUUGUGAAACUUGCAAGGAAACUAAUGGCCAGAUCUACAGUUACAAAGUCAGAAAUGUGCAUGGAUCUCUUAACCCAAAACACCCUUUCCCUCUUCUUACUGCUGUCCUUGUGAAUGAGGGUGGUUACAUCUGUGUUUUCUCUGAUGUCUUCAAAAAUUGGAGCAGAUGUGGGUGGGAAGUGUACAAGAUUGUUCAUGCCUAAUAAAAUAACUGUUCAGGACUUCAGGGUCUGAAUUGAGAUUCUCAUGACCUGGGACUGGGAUCUAGUCAAGUCAGCUGUUGUGGACUACCUGCAUGCCAAGAUUUUCAUGCGCAGACGAAACUGGGGAUGUGUAACUUUAUUGCCAUCUGCAAGGCCAGAAGGAUAAUAGGGCAGCAACCAGGCACUCCCUCCAUCAUGCCUGGCUCCAGUUCCAGCAGAGAGAUCCCUCUUCCCAGCUACCAUUUUGCACCGGCAAAGCCAGGAGGAGAGGAGGGCAGCAACCAGGCAACCCCCUCUAUCAUAUCUGGUUCCAGUUUGAGAGGAAAGCAUCCUCCCUCCAGCUACAAAUUGCUGUGCAUGAGGCCAGAGAAAGAAAAGGAGGCAGCCAGGAAUUCCUUCAUCAUGCCUGGACCAAGACCUUGCUAACAUUUCUAUUGGAAUUGAUAUCCUGAUGUGGUUUAUAGCAGUUAAAAACUAACUCAUAGCUAGUAAACCAUUAAAAGAUGGAGUGGAAAUACAUUAAAGAAACAGAUGUCAGCCUCUAGGAUUGACAGACAAUACGAAGCCUUUGGAUUGUCUGGCAUUAGCAUAAGUACUGGUCGGUGGACAUUGGGUUCUUUCCCACUUGUUUGAUUCAGUGGAACUUCUGCCUGCAUCACUCCAGCUACAACCAAUGAUCUUGAAUUCUCUGGCAGAUACAUCAUACAGACCUGCAUGACACUGAGUGAACAUGGAGCAGUGGAUGUGCUAAACUUCUGCCUGUCCUGCCUUUGUACUGACCUGAUGUGAAGAAUUUUUGUUUGGCUCUGAGCACAGUAGAGCUAACAGGACUUUAUAGAUCUAGGGGUGGGGGUGGGGAAUAGAGGAUGCAGCAAAGGGGGAGCCACCAUGCAUGUGGACAAGACCAUCCCCAGCUAGGAAGAAACUAAAUCUUUUGAAUCAUUUGUGAAAAUUUAUCCUUUUUUUGUGUGUAAAUAAAAUCUGAGCUAUUUCUUA